GAGCAAUCCAUUAUUCCUACUUUCCAGACAAUCGCCCACCCCUCUGAUUAUCCAACAAACACAGAACAAGAAGAAAGAAACCCUGUCCCGAAGAAAACUUCGCCAUAAUGACCUCUCAAGUCCAAAUCUCCAACCCACCAGACAACCCCUCCUUAGCAGAAACCUACUCCCAAGUCAGCAUAGUCCCAAUCUCCUCCACCAAACGCCUCAUCUCCUUCGCUGGCCAGACCGGAACAGGCAAAGACCAAACCGCAAAUGCAAAAUUAUCUUUCGCAGAGCAAAUCCAGCUCGCAUUGGAGAAAGUCGACAAAUUACUCGCUGCUACGGGCGCGAAGAAGGGGGAUAUUGUUAUGAUUAGACCCUAUGUUGUGAAAUUGACGAGUCGGAGUGAAGAGGAGAUUAAAGCGAAAGAUGAAAUCUUUCUGAAGUGGUGGAGGAGUACAGAGGGAGAGAACGCUCUUCCGCCGCCGGAUUCUUUGUUGGGAGUGGAUAGUUUGUGGAGUAAAGAGACGUUGUUUGAGAUUGAGGUGCAGUGUGUUUCUGAUAUUUGA